AUGUCCAUCAAAUACGAAAAGAAUGACAAGUUGAAGCAACUGAUUCGUGCCAAGUUUGUCGAGUACUUGGAUCGAGCGGAAAAGCUGAAAGAACAUCUGGGGAAAGUUGCUCAAGUUGAGAAUGCCGAUGGUGGUGGCGGGUCGGGAAAGAGCACGAUUGGUGCUUCCAGCAGCAAAGGCGACACUGAUGACAUGGAUGCUGAGACACGCAAGUUGCGCUCCGGCCUGUCGAAUGUGAUUUUGACGGAGCGGCCGAAUGUGAGCUGGGAUGACGUCGCUGGUCUAUCGAGUGCGAAAGAUGCGCUGAAAGAAGCGGUGAUUUUACCGAUCAAGUUUCCUCAGCUCUUUACAGGCAAGCGGAAGCCAUGGAGUGGCAUUCUUCUGUACGGUCCACCAGGUACGGGAAAAUCGUUUCUUGCAAAGGCCGUCGCGACACAGUCGAACAGCACGUUCUUUAGCGUGUCAAGCUCUGACCUUGUGUCGAAGUGGAUGGGAGAGAGUGAGCGGCUGGUUAAGCAGCUGUUUGCUAUGGCCCGUGAAGCACGACCAUCGAUUAUCUUUAUUGACGAGGUCGAUUCGUUGUGCGGUACGCGCAACGAAGCUGAGAGCGAGGCAAGCCGGCGUAUUAAGACCGAGUUUCUUGUUCAGAUGAACGGCGUCAACAACGACGACCAAACGGAUGUAUUGGUUCUGGGCGCAACAAACAUCCCAUGGGCCCUUGACUCGGCGAUCAAGCGACGCUUUGAAAAGCGUGUAUACAUACCGCUACCCGAGCUGGAUGCGCGCCGCCGCAUGUUCGAACUGAACAUUGGUGCUACGCCAUGCAAUCUGACACAUAAAGAUCUUCGGACGCUGGCCGCCGAAACGGAAGGGUACUCAGGUGCUGACGUGGCUGUCGUCGUUCGUGAAGCUCUGAUGCAGCCAGUGCGUCGUGUUAUGAAUGCUACUCACUUCAAGCUGGUGCUAGAGACUGCUGACGAUGGCUCCAUGCAGGAGAAAUACACGCCCUGCUCACCGGGUGAUCCAGACGCGCGUGAAAUGACAUGGAUGGAUAUUGCUUCGAACGAGCUCAAAGAGCCUGUCCUUGUUAUGAAUGACUUUCUCAGGGCACUUCAUGCUGUGCGACCAUCUGUCUCGGCGGCCGAUAUCCAAAAGCAUCUCAACUUCAUGCAAGAAUCUGGAGCAGAAUAA